UUUUAUUGUUUCGAAUUCCUGGAUCCGCCAUUGAUUGUCGCUAUCUCUUUCUUUCAUAUCUGAUCAGCCAUGAUGAGAAUAAAGACCCGGAGGAACGCUAGAGUCAAACGGGAGCUUCAAAAACUCGCCCCCAAACUCGUGGAAACUGCAAAGAAGACGCUUAUACUUCACGGCACCAAAACGAGCCAUGUUUUGAAUUCUCUGUUAACGGAAAUUUAUCAUCUGAAGAAGGAAAACUCCGUCAAAUAUUCGCGUAAAAAUGAUAAAGUGAGGCCAUUCGAGAGUGGUGGUGAAGCUUCUCUGGAGUUUUUCUCCCUCAAGACAGAUUGCAGCCUGUUUGUGUAUGGUUCUCACUCAAAGAAGCGGCCAAACAAUCUUGUACUCGGACGAACCUACGAUCACCACAUUUAUGAUCUUGUAGAGCUCGGCAUUGAAAAUUUUAAAAGCAUGCAGUCUUUCUCGUAUGACAAGAAGUUUGCUCCUCAAAUGGGGUCAAAACCCUUCUUUGCUUUCAUCGGAGAAGCUUUCGAGACAGUAGACGAGCUGAAACACUUAAAGGAAAUUUUACUCGAUCUAUUCCGUGGGGAGGUUAUCACAAACUUGAACCUGGCUGGCCUAGAUCGUGUUUAUGUGUGCACAGCUUUGUCGGCGAAUAAAAUAUUAUUUUCUCACUGUGCGAUGCGUCUGAAGAAGUCGGGCACUUCAGUACCGAAAAUGGAGCUGAUCGAGGUUGGGCCAUCUAUGGACAUGGUUGUUCGUAGGCAUCGUAACCCUGAUGACAGCCUAAGAAGAGAAGCAAUGAAAACACCACACGAGUUAAUUAAGAAAAAGGAGAAAAAUGUUGUCAAGGAUGCUGUACAAGGCAAACUUGGGAAAAUUUAUAUGCCGGAUCAGCAGGUUGGUGUAGUACCGCUUGCUAACAAAGCAAAGGGGGUGAAGAGGGAGCGACGUGAAGCUAAGAUGAAGGGCGAGGGCCACAAACUUUCACUGAAGAAGCAAAAGCAGGAUAUUAUUAAUAAUGCUGAUGAGUGAUUUUAUUUAGUAGUUUUGUUGCAAAAUCGAUAUAUUUUGAUUAAUGGAUGGGUACGUGAGUUUAGUGAUGUAAAAUGAGUUUUUAGCGAGACAUGGUUCGUUUACUUUAGGAUAAUCUUAGCCAUCUCGAUAGAGCGAGUGAUAUAUCUACGCCAAUCUGAUUUUAUGCCAUUUUGGUGGUGUUCAGCCUUUGCUCGAUUUUUUUGAUUUUGUUUUAGUUCUUUUCAACACAUUAUUCUAGAU